CUAUAUAUACAGAUUCACAGUGACCUACAAUGCAACAAAUCAUAUACAAUUCCCUAACACAAAACAAAACACAGAAGAAAACAAAGCAAUUCAUCACACAACAAUGGCAAGCUUCACCCUAGUCACAUCCCUCCCAAAGUUCGGCCAUGCUGGAGCAGUCAUUGCCACUGCUCGUGCCUGGAACCCUAGAUUCCUUGCAGCUGCUACCCCAAGAUCCAUCCAAGUGCCAUCUUCUCCUGAAGGCGCAGCAGCCGCUGAAGGCACCAAACAAGGAGCCAGUGAAACAGUUAACAACAGUUUGAAUGAAUCAACGCAAGACAAGGCUUUCACCACAGCACAAGUGAGUCACAAGACAGACGAGUUGGCUAAUCAGAUGUCAGCAAGUGCUCACAACAUGGCACAGAAAGCAAAGCAGACAAUGCAAGGUGCAUGGGAUUGCACUAAGGACACAGCCCAUAGGGCUAAGGACACCGUGGUUGGAAAGUCUCAAGAGUCAGCUCAAUACGUCAAAGAAAACGCAGAGGCAGUGAAGAACAACAUGAACUCAAAGAACUGAUUACAGCACCACCACUUCAAUUAUAUGUUAAUAUUAUACCAGAUUUUCCACCACUAUCGUAUUCUAUUACUUGUUUCCCACUAUAAUUAAUUAGCCACAAUUUUGUAUUUUCGUUUUGUUCUUCAUGGCAUCGAUAUGGAGAAGAUUGAUGAUGUGUCUCUUCCCACCUGCCAUUAAUUUGAAAUUAAUAAAUACUUAA